GUGCGUUGUUCACACAAACACAGUAAAUCGCGCUCGCUCCAGAAUUAAACAGUAAACUGAUAACUGCUGAGUUUAUCUGGAUAUCUGUGAGACGGUGACGUCACACGGCGGUUGAACCUCGUGUUGGAGCUCGGCUCGCGGUGGCGCUGAUGAAGGUGUGUUGGUUCGCUCCGAGGAAAGAUGGCGGCGAGCGGAUCGUGAUCAGAUUAACAUCGCGCUGCUCUUAAAUCUCCGCUUCUCCGUGUUUAACGGCGUGAGUUCGGUUCGUGACCUCGUGUGUGUGUCGUGAUCUGCGAGGGAUGUCGGACUCUGAGGAGGAGAUCCAGGAGCGGCAGCUGAAGAUCGUGCUGCUGGGAGACGGAGCGUCCGGGAAGACUUCUCUGGCCAUCCGCUUUGCACAAGAGGCUUUUGGGAAACAGUAUAAACAAACGAUAGGACUGGACUUCUUCCUCAAGAGAAUCACCCUGCCAGGAAACCUGAACGUGACGCUGCAGGUGUGGGACAUCGGAGGACAGACUAUUGGAGGAAAGAUGCUCGACAAGUACAUCUACGGAGCGCAGGGCGUGCUCCUGGUCUAUGACAUCACUAAUUCUCAGAGCUUUGAGAAUCUUGAAGAUUGGCUGAACAUGGUGAGAAAAGCCAACGAAGAGUCUGACACACAGCCGGCGAUAUCACUGAUCGGGAACAAGAUUGAUCUGGAGCACAUGCGGACAGUGAAGAUGGAGAAACAUCAGCGAUUCUGUCAGGAAAAUGGACUCAUCAGUCAGUUUGUGUCUGCAAAGACGGGAGACUCUGUGUUUCUGUGUUUCCAGAGGCUGGCGGCUGAGAUUUUAGGCAUAAAGCUGAAUAAGGCUGAGAUGGAGCAGUCACAGCACGUGGUUAAAGCAGACAUCGUGAACUACAGUCAGGAGUCUGUGGCUCGAACCGUCAACCCUCCGCGCAGCUCCAUGUGUCUCAUACAGUGAUCAUCGUCUGUCUCGCUCGCGUCCCACAGUGUCUGAUGCAGACGGACUCUGAACUCAUGGACACACAUUCUGCUUCACACUGUCCUCCCUCGUUCAUUUGCCAAGUAGACAUGCUGUGUUAUGUACAGUCUUUAAUGUGUGCAAGUACAAGAGCUUCACCUAGUAAGCCUCUGCUCGAGACAGACGGAUGACGGAUCAUUACAGAGAGGAGCGGUGCGUGGAAAUGCUGCUGGAGUUCAUUUAGCUGAGAACGAGCCGAGAUCUCACAUCUGCGGAAGAAUUCGCUCACAGUGUGUGUGUGUGUGUGUGUGUGUGUUAGGAGAGAAAGUACACGAUCAGUCUAAUGUUCUUGAACAGUUAGAUUUUUUUUUUUAAGAAUACUCUUCUGCUCACCAAGGCUGCAUUUAUUUGAUCCAAAGUACA